CAACGAACGUAACCGGGAUUUGUACAUCGCUUUCGUCAACUUAUGAUUACCAGUUAAACUUUCAUUGAUUCAGUAAGUUGAUUGGUGUGCUGUUUAGUUCUCCCCAGGGAUGAUCUGAAAGUUUCUGAAUUGAUAUGAGCUUUCUCAAAGGAAUCAUCGAUUCAUUCGGCUCGAUAUUCUCCAGUGAUAGCUCGCUGCAUGAACCUCAACUAAAGCCUAGCACUUCGUCUUCCCAGUCCAUGGAAGGGGUAACUGGAACUUCAGUUUCAAACGAACGCAUCGCGUAUAAGCUCAAAGGAUUCUUCGAUUUAGCAAAAGAAGAGAUCGCCAAGGCUGUCAGGGCCGAAGAAUGGGGCUUGGUCGACGACGCGAUUCUUCACUAUAAGAACGCCCACCGUAUUUUGAUCGAAGCUAGUUCCACUCCUGCCCCUUCUUAUAUAAGCUCUAGUGAGCAAGAGAAAGUGAGAUCAUAUCGACAAAAAAUAUCGAAAUGGCAGGGUCAAGUUUCCGAGAGAUUACAAAUUCUUAAUAACCGGUCAGGUGGCACAUUUGUGAACAAGAGCACCUUAGUUCCUUCACAUACAGCUGCAGGUCCAUCUACAUCAUCCAAUCCUAAAAAAAGUAUGCCACAAAAGCCUCCACGUUCUAGUAUAGGGAAUGGAAUUGUAACAAACCAGACAAGUAGAGUUACAAGCCCAAAACCUGUGCAAGAGUCCAGUAAUGGCUAUGAAUCAAAGUUGAUUGACAUGAUAAAUACAGCAAUAGUGGAUAGAAGUCCGUCUGUCAAAUGGGACGAUGUUGCUGGCCUUGAAAAGGCAAAACAAGCUUUAAUGGAAAUGGUUAUUUUGCCAACUAAAAGAAGAGAUUUGUUCACUGGCCUCCGGAGGCCUCCUAGAGGUCUGCUUCUCUUUGGCCCACCUGGUAAUGGGAAGACCAUGCUUGCCAAAGCAGUUGCAUCGGAGUCAAAGGCAACAUUUUUCAAUGUUUCUGCCUCUUCCUUAACAUCAAAAUGGGUGGGAGAGGCGGAAAAGCUUGUCCGGACUCUGUUUAUGGUGGCUAUAUCCAGACAGCCAUCUGUAAUUUUCAUGGAUGAAAUUGAUAGUAUCAUGUCGACAAGAUUGGCUAAUGAGAAUGACGCAAGUAGAAGGUUAAAGUCAGAGUUCCUAAUACAGUUUGACGGUGUUACCUCCAAUCCUAAUGAUUUAGUCAUUGUUAUUGGAGCUACAAAUAAACCACAAGAAUUGGAUGAUGCAGUUCUUAGGAGAUUGGUAAAGAGAAUAUAUGUACCUUUACCGGAUGAAAAUGUCCGGAGACUUCUUCUUAAGCACCAGUUGAGGGGCCAAACCUUCUGCUUGCCUGGUAGAGAUCUGGAGAGACUUGUGAGAGAAACAGAAGGAUAUUCUGGAAGUGAUCUGAGAGCCUUGUGUGAAGAAGCUGCAAUGAUGCCAAUUAGAGAGCUUGGUGCAAGUAUUCUUACUGUCCAGGCAGAUCAGGUAAGAGCAUUGAGAUAUGAAGAUUUCCAAAAGGCUAUGACUGUCAUCAGACCUAGCUUGAACAAAAGCAGGUGGGAAGAGCUUGAGCGAUGGAAUGAAGAGUUUGGCGCUAACUAAUCUCCGAACUGUAACAUUAAUAUUAAACACCAUUCUGAACAAGUCCUAGGAAAAGCAAAUAUAGGCAUAGCCUAUAGUGCAAUUCUUGUAAAUGUCAUGUCUCACUAGUUAAUUUAGUUUGAUUUGUGUAAAUUUUUUAUAUUCUUUGACAUAAAAGAUGUCAUGAAUGUGGUUAUGGUGUGGCAAAAAAAGAUGUUUGGUUCUUGAGAAAA